CAAUGAAGCGGCGGCAGGAAGCGGAGCUAGGGCGCACGCGGAGCCCCGCCGGAGGAGGCUUGGCCUGGCUUGGCUUGGCGGCGGCUCCGCUGGAGGAGGAGGAGGAGGAGAACCUGCUGGAGUCAUGUGGCCCAUCUUCUGGGCGAGCAUACGAACCUAUGCUCCUUACGUCACCUUCCCCGUAGCCUUUGUGGUCGGGGUGGUUGGCUACAAUCUUGAGUGGUUCAUCCGGGGCAAGCCCCCUCCACAGACCCCCGAGGACGAGAAGAGCAUUUCGGAACGACGUGAGGACCGUAAGCUCCAAGAGAGCGUUGGGAAAGACCUUACCCAAGUGGUCAGUCUGAAGGACAAGCUGGAAUUUGCUCCCAAAGCUGUCCUCAACCGGAACCGGCCAGAGAAGAAUUAAGGGAGCUGGUUUGUUUCCUUGUUGGCCAGUUAACAUUUUCUUUUAUUUGAAAUCUGAAUUCUUUGAUUUUGAAUGUAGGUUUCCUACCACUGUUGAGCCCAUGCAGUGUAUGUUUGCCAUUCUCACCAGGUUAAGCCGAUUUCUGCAGCUGCUGGGAUCCCACAGAGAGGAGGAUGGACUUCACAAUAUUUGGCAUUGGCUUCAGAAUCUCUGAUCUUCCAUAAAAGGUUGUUUAUCCUCUAAUGGAAUGGCCUCCAUACUCAUGGCAGAAGCUCAGUUAAUGGACACCCAAAAGAUUAGUUCACAUCCAAAGCAGGAUUUGAUUUUUUUAAAGGGAUUGUUGCAAAGUAGGUAGACCUCUUUAAGGGAAGAUCUCUUCUUCAAAUAGCUUGGAGACUUUUUGACUCUGGACAGGCGAAUGAAGAAUGGUUCCUGUUUCUGCUGGAAACCUCAGUUCGAGUGGGAAGUUCUCGGCUGCUGCCAGAGGCCACUGUGGACCAUACUUGCACUGUCCCCUCUCAGGAAAUUGUGUAUUUCAUUCCCUGGAAAUUUCUUUUUGGGAGUUUGUGCUGGUUUUUUUUUUAAAGAAUACCAACCCACUGUUGAAAUUAAAAAUUUAGAUCAGUUUCCAUAUUUGGGGAGCCCUGCAUUUUAUACUGGAGAUAGUGGGUAGGAGAGGAUAAAUCUAUCUGCAGGUUGUAUUAUCUGUGCCUUUGCAUGCAAAGUGCUUAAGAGUUUCACCUGUGUAUUAGGGGUGUUCCUCAAUAAACAGGAAUGAAGGAGAAAUUUUACCCAGAGAAGUUCAUAUUUUGCUUGUCGAUCUUUCUCUAUAGCAGUGUUUCACAACUUUUAAAGAUGUGUGGACUUCAACACCCAGAAUUCCCCAGCCAGCAUGCUGUUUGUGGACUAAGCAUGCUGGCUGGGGAAUUCUGGGAGUUGAAGUCCACACUUCUUGAAAUUGCUGAGGUUGAGAAAUGCCUACUCUGCAGGACACAACUCCAAGAAAACUGUGAAAUAUAGUGAGCUGCCUAUCGAACAUGUAGUCCUUGAUUAGCGACCAUUCAAAUUUAUGACGGACCUCCCCCAAAGGUACUUAGGACCCAAUUUUGAAGUUGGAAGAACUGUACGCCCCCCUGGUAGUAAUGUGAAUGCAGUUUGGACACUUGACAAUAUUUAAGGCCAUUGGCACUGUCUCGUGGUCAUGUGACUGAUUUUCAGCAUUGUUGUCCAGUUCCCAGCAUUGACUUCCGGUUUCCAGCAAAAAAAAAAAAAAUGCACAUUACAUAAAACGGACUUGCUUAAGGACUGCAGCAUUUGCUUAACAAUCAACUUUACAAACUCGUAAAGUCAGGCAUGGUCAUGUGAUGACCUGCUUCAUGACUGUCACAACGUACAACCAUAAUUCCAUGCACAAUUAUGGCCAUAGGUUGUGGACUACCUGUAUUAUGCUGUGGAUAAGAACCACACAUUUUCAUUAUGGAAUCCUUGGGGGAUAAAAAAGAGGAAAAGAUUUGAAAAAUUGAUGGAAAGUAGAAUCCUGCAUUUAUUUUCUUCUGGGCAUGAACAUAGUGCACACCUAUAGAUUCAGAAAGGUUACCACAAUACACAAUAUAAACAAAGAAUCUAUAGCUGAAUUCAUGUAGCAUCUUAUGCUGACCAGUAAAUUAGGGACUGCAUACAGAACAUGGAUAUACAGUUAAUUAACCGAAUGAGUUGGAGAUCUGCAGGAACGUAGAGCAAACCAAUCUUGGAAAGUCUGUUUGGCAAAUGUGUUGUUUGGUUUGUUACUGACCUGAUGAAGCUUGAGGGGUGCAGCUGGGCUGGGGUGCUUAUUUUUUCCCCCUAAAUGAAUAAAAAUAAUUUUGAAUCUGCUGGAAAUGUAACUUUGA